UCGGUCAUGUCAACUGUCAUUAGAAAUUUGUAAAUUGCGAAUUGUUUGUACUACGAUCUUUGAAAAUAUUCAUUUAAUAUUUCUUUUAGAUAGAAUUAUUUUGAAUAAUUGGCUUAUAUCAAAUACCGUACAUAUUUGAAAAACUUAAACAUGGCGCAAGCACUUCCGAAUCCCAACACGCUAUUGCCGCUGGAGCUCGUCGAUAAAUGUAUAGGAUCGCGCAUUCAUAUUAUUAUGAAGAAUGACAAAGAAAUGGUUGGAACGUUACAAGGAUUUGACGAUUUUGUUAACAUGCUAUUAGAUGACGUCACGGAAUAUGAAUCAACUCCAGAAGGUAGAAAAAUAACCAAGCUAGAUCAGAUACUUCUUAACGGUAUGAAUAUAGCUAUGUUAGUUCCUGGUGGAGAAAUGCCCGGCGAAUCAUAUGAAGGACAAUAGUUAAGCAUUCAUGUAAUAAUACGCUACACAUAAGAUAUUAAGAAAUAAAUAAUAAUAACAUAA